AUGGCGCUCCUUUGCCGCCGCCUGCCACCAUUACCACCAGUUCCUCCUUUGCCGCCGCCUGCGACGGCGCUCAUUCUCAUCACUCUCAUAAUUCUAGACGCCAAUUUAUACAACUUUAUUUUAGAUCGGGUUCAAAACGGGUGCUGUGUUUACAUCUCUUCAGAAAUGCUAUGUAACGCUGAACUUGUAUUAGCAAUAAAUUCAGGAAUGAAGCACUUAAGCUUUAAUAUUCUUAGAGUUUCCUCUGUUGAAGUUCCUCUGGGACAAUGGGCCGUAAACCGGAAGUUCCCAAAUCAUUCAUUGGGGCCAGUGGCCACCACCGGGUCCUUCUUGCCUUCGCCUUGGUUUGUCAGUAAUUUUAUGAUUUCCUUGUUAGAUUUGUCAUCCAAGAAGUGUGUGCCAUGCAACGCAAAAGAGAUGAGGGCCAUGACAGAACAAGCAGCAAAUGAAUUGAUCUCACAGGUUCCUGGAUGGACCUUGGUAAAUGAAAAUGGUAGAUUGAGGUUAAGUCGGUCAUGGAAAGUCAAGACUUACUUGAAAGGUUUGGAGUUCUUUCAGGCUGUUGCUAAUGUUGCUGAAGCAGAAGGUCAUCAUCCAGAUCUUCAUCUUGUUGAAUGGAACAAAGUCAAAAUUGAGAUAUGGACACAUGCUGUUGGUGGAGUUACAGAAAGCGAUUUCAUUAUCGCUGCUAAGAUCAAUCGGCUCAACCUGCAUGAUCUCGCGCGUAGAUAAGCUUGCAAAUGACUCUGUGAAACUAAGUAGUCUCUUAGUCAAUGGCAAUAAAUCUGUAUGGACAGACAUCUUAUAUGCAGUUGAACUCAAUUUCCUUUCAUCUCAUCAUUGUGCCUGAAUAUCCGUAUGGACAGACAACCGCAACUGUUUAUCCUCCCUCAAGCUCCUAGC